CAACGCAGGCGUAAUCCUAAUCCUAAUCCUAAUCAUGUAUUGUUGAUUGUGAUUCAAAUUGUUUAUCCCAAAAAUCAAAUUGAUAUUUUACUCUAAAAGAUCAACAAAUUGGUCAAAUGUUUCACAUUGAAAAACUACCUGAUGAUUGUUUAUCCUCCAUUUUUGAAUCUAUUACAAAUCUAGAUGAUUUAAUUGUUUGUUCAAAAGUUUGUCAACGCUGGAGGUUCCUGAUUGUUCAGAGAUUGAAUAAGGUGAAAUAUUUAACUGACGACAGUAGUAUUGGCUGUUUCAAGAAUUCAAUUUACUUCAAUAAACUUGAUUCACUGAGUCAAAGUCAAUUGUUAGGACUAUUGCCCAGAUUUAAGAUUCUUGACAUUCGUCCCACAAACGAAACCAAAUUUAAAUCUAUUGACAUAUUCAAAGUAAUUGAAGGCAUUAAAUCAGUGAAAGGAUUAAUAUAUGAACCAUGUUGGGAUAAAUUCCCAUGUUCGAUAUCAAGAGUACUGACCAUGAAUCUCGAGAUGAUUGCUACCAAUCUAUUUGAGCCUUCGUUUAUUGAUUGUAAUCAGAAUCAAUUAAAAUUGAAGCAACUUUAUUUCGCUGAUUGUUUCCAGAAUCAUUUCGAGGAGAUUGCAAAUUCUGGUUAUUUGAAAAUCUCCAAAGACUUCAUAUUGAAGUCGCAAUUGUAA